GCUCAGUGGCCAUAGGAACGAAUCAUGGACUGGUUCCAUUUAAUCAGAGCUCUGUUUCUACUCAACCUGGGAAACUAUGGAUUUGCUCAAGAAGGAGAUGGCAAUGAGCCAACUGACGUCUGUGGAAAGCCUGUGGUGGUCAGCAGCCGAAUUGUGGGAGGGCAGGAUACAAAAAAGGGGCAGAACCCUUGGCAAGUGGUUGUGUGGCAUUCUGGUAUAAAAAACUGCGGUGGAACCCUCAUCAGUAGCAGCUUUGUUUUGACUGUAGCCCAUUGUGUGGAAAGGGUAAAUGCCUCCUCCGUUAUCGUCAUCCUCGGGGCCUACAAAAUAACUGGGAACCUCAAGGAGGAAGUUUCUGUUCCAGUGAAAAGGAUCAUUAAACAUCAUCUAUACAAUGAAGCAAAAUUCCCUUAUGACAUUGCUCUUCUAGAACUUUCACGGAACGUGCCCUUCACGGACUUCAUCCUUCCGGCCUGUCUGCCUGCGCCUUCAGUUGAAUUUCGGCCCGGCCAUAGUUGCAUAGUGACUGGCUGGGGAGACACUGAGUAUAAUAGUACCAAACCAAGGCCUGAUAUUCUACAAGAGGUGGAAGUGCGUUUGAUAACUUUAGAAGACUGUAGGGAUUUAUAUAAGUCGGCAUUAAAAGACAAAUACAUUGGCAUAACAGAUGACAUUAUAUGUGCAAUGAAUAUACAUAAAGGAAGAGACUCCUGCCAGGGCGAUGGUGGGGGACCCCUGGUUUGUUAUGAGAAUGACAGGUGGUACUUGAUUGGACUCGUGAGUUAUGGAAUUGGUUGUGGAAUUGGCAUUCCUAAACUUUAUAGUUCUGUCCCUGCCCAUAUGGAAUGGAUUCGUUCCAUUAUCCCUGCUGUCCGUAGUGGCUCAAACAGGAUGGAAUCAAUGCCCAACAUGGCGCUUGUCAUCUUAGCCUUGAUGUAUUUUACCCAGUGA